AUUGAGUAACAAAAAAAACAUUAAUCGUAUGAUUUGUUUGAUUGAUUGACUCAUUGAAUGACUGAUUGAAUGACCAUUUAUUUCGUUCAGUUUUAUUGAACUGAAAAACAUACGAAUCAUACGAUUUUAUUAAACAUAUAUUUACUUAAAGUUUAGUCUUAUUUACAAUUGAUUUGAGAUUUUAUUUUAUUUUUUUAUUUUAAUUAUUUGUUAUCAAAUCCUAACGUAAAUUAUAUAUCAUAUUAAACAAAAUGAACGGCCAUUCGGACAAUCGUUCGGUAUUUGUAACUGAUUUGCAGCCGACGGUCACCGAAACGAUACUAUUGAAUACAUUUGCCGUUUGCGGUGCCAUCCGAUCGGUACGCGUGUGUCGCGACUCUAGUGGCCAAAGCCUCGGCUAUGGUUAUGUCAAUUUUCAUUCGGCAGAGGCGGCCAAACAGGCCAUCGAUGAGAUGAACUUUUGCGAAGUUAACGGCAAACCAAUUCAAGUGAUGGUCGUUCAGUCGACACAAGCGAUGAGAAGCUCUUCAAAUGCCAACGUCUUUGUCAAAAAUUUGGACAAAUCAGUGGAUACUAAGCGAUUGUACGAAACUUUCAGACCUUUUGGCGAAAUUGUUUCGUCAAAAUUGGCUCAAGAAGUGAGUGGUGUCAGCAAAGGAUUUGGUUUUGUUCAGUUCAAGACCGAAGAGAAUGCUAUUAUAGCCAUCGUUGCCAUGAAUGGCAAGUAUUUGAACGGAAAACAGUUGUUUUGUUCAAAAUUUAUGCCCAAAAGUGAGCGGUAUAGACAUUUGGCCGCUAAAAAUACUAACGGUAACAGUUUAGCCGCUAAUAAUGGUCAACAAGAGUUGGUUAACAUUUAUGUCCGCAAUCUUAGUCAAGAAUUUACAGAUGAUUUGCUCGAAAAAUUCUUCAAACGAUUUGGUCGUGUCAUUUGUGCCAAAGUCUUUCACAAACAGUUCAUUUCAUUUGGAUUUGUCGUAUUAGAGAACAGUGUUGUGGCCGACAUUGCCAUCAAAGAAAUGAAUGGAAAAACACUUCCCAAUGGAAAUCGUUUGUUUGUUAGUCGAGCCAUCAAAAUAACUAAGGAAUCGACUCGAAAACCAACUGUUAAACAAUGGAUAAGAAGUAAUGGUAAAUGUUUUGAUGGCCGAGACGUUUACGUGAAAUAUUUGGAUAACUUGUUAACUGAUCAGAGACUACAAGAAAUGUUUUCGUCAUUUGGCGAAAUCAAAACCGUUAAAACAAUGGGAUCGGGCUAUGGAUUCGUAUGCUUUUCAUCACCAGAAGCCGCACAAAGAGCUAUUCAAAACAUUAACAAUCAUUAUGUUUACAACAAAGCAAUAUUAGUUGAGAGUUUGGACACUAGAAAUUCAUUGCUGAAGAUUAAAUCAUAUCCAAUAAUGACCACUGGAUUUGGCCGCAAAUUGGCAAAGAAUGGUAUGUGAAGUGUAUAUAUGAAUAUCUAUUUUUGAUAUAACAAUUUGGCGGUAAAAUUAUCGGUAAAUCUAUUAGAAAUGAAAAUGUUUGCAUUUUUCUAACAAUAAUUGAAAAUACACAAUAGAUUAAUAAUGAUUGGGAAAUAUUUAUAGAAAAUUUUUUAAUGCUUUGUCAUUAUAUAAAUUAUUUAAUAGACACUCGAGUUUUUUUAUGUUAUUAAUAUAAUAUUUGUUAUU